CUCAGGUCUCCACUCUCCAGAGCACAGGUUCAAAGGCAGCAGCCUUCUCACUGAUCGUCCUCUGCCUACCAGUAAUCCAGCCUUGUUACCUAGCUCGCCGCAACAGCCAGCAGCGUCAGCGGCCACCGCCGUCUUGAUCAGCAUGGACAUGGGCAUGGGCGGCGGCUUGGAUGAGCUGGAGGUGCUGGCGAUGAGCCCCGGGGGCUCGGCGGCGUCGGCGGGCGCGGCGGGCAGCGAGGACGAGGCCGACCUGCGGCGGGGGCCCUGGACCGUGGAGGAGGACCUCCUGCUCGUCAACUACAUCGCCGCCCACGGCGAGGGCCGCUGGAACUCGCUCGCGCGCUCUGCAGGCCUGAAGCGCACCGGCAAGAGCUGCCGCCUCCGGUGGCUCAACUACCUGCGCCCUGACGUGCGCCGCGGCAACAUCACGGCGGAGGAGCAGCUGCUCAUCCUCGAGCUCCACUCGCGGUGGGGCAACCGCUGGUCCAAGAUCGCGCAGCACCUCCCGGGCCGCACCGACAACGAGAUCAAGAACUACUGGCGGACGCGCGUGCAGAAGCACGCCAAGCAGCUCCGCUGCGACGUCAACAGCCGCCAGUUCCGCGACGUCGUGCGGCACGUCUGGAUGCCCCGACUCGUGGAGCGCAUCCAGUCGGAGUCAGCCGGGGCCGGCGCGGGUGCUGGUGCCGCGGGCGGCGGCCAAGCGGCGGCCGCGGCUGCGCCGGCGACGACCACGGCGAGCAUGCCGGCCGCGUACCACCUCGGCCCGUACGGCGGCCACCGGCAAAGCGCCGACGUCGUCGUCCCGCCGAACAAGUCUCACGGCGGCUACGCCCACGCGGACUACUACAGCUACAGCGAGCCGGGCCAAGCGGCGGCGCCGGCGGCCAUGAGCCCCGACGACACCUCCAGCGCGCUGCGGUCGACGCUGACGGACGCGUCGCACGGGGCGCAGCAUCAUUACGCCACGUCGGCGGCGACCCCGACGAACGAAGGCUGCGGGGCCGCCGGUGGCGCGGCCGCCGGACCGAUGACGGACGGCGACGACGUGGUACAGGAGGAGGAGGACGUGUUCGCCGGGACCUGGUCGGAGCUCCUCGCGACCGCCGGCCGCGACGACGACUCCAACUCCAAGAUCGGCCUGCCGGAUUUCGAGCUGGGCGAUUUUGAGAUGUGGAGCCUGGAGGAUCUUUGCUUACAGCAGCUGUGCUGA